CUAAGAACAAGUCUACCCAGUAUAAUAGGAAACACAAGCUCUUAAUACCGCUACAGAGGAUUGUAACUGGAAAAUGAAUAACGAUAGUUUGAUUCCUAUUCCUACAUAUACGAGAGAUGUCUCGAUCUUGGCGUCAGUGCUAUGGACACUGCUUUUCGUGAUAGGGGCGAUGAUGAACGGACUGAUGAUAGUCGUGAUUCUAAAGAAUAGGAAACUGCAGACUGCGCCAAAUUGGCUAGUUUUCUCAAUGUCGGUCACGGAUUUCGUCAGUUUGGUGUUCAUACGGCCGAUUGGGAGCAUGGCGGUAUAUAUGCAUGGUUGGCACUUUGGUCUCCAGAGUUGUCGCGUCAUAGCCUUCUUUAACUCAUUUAUUUUUUCGCUCAUGCUUGCCAAUCUUUGCUUCAUGGCUAUAAACAGAUAUGUGUUGAUUGCACAUACUGCGAUUUAUCCGAAGAUAUUCAGCAAAAUAGGAACAUUAUUCGUAGUGACUCCGUUUAUUUUAUUCCUAACGAUCAACCUACUUCUGCCGUUUAUGGGUGUAUGGGGCGAGUACGGGUACGUUGCAGAGGUAAACUCAUGUGGUCUUGUGGUCGACACGCCAUCGAGAUCCUUAUUCAGUAUGUAUGCAAUGGCAGUGGGAUUCGGCAUUCCAUUGGUGAUCAUGCUUUACUGUUAUAUCAGGAUUUUUCUUCUCGUACGUGCACAGAAGAAGAAGAUAUCGAGCCAUAACUCAAAAGUAGCAAGAGGUGAACAAAAACUGAACAACGCUGAUGUAAAACUUGCUAAGGUUAUGGCGUCCAUAUUCUGCCUGUAUAUCGUGUGUAUUCUACCUCGUCUAAGUCUCAGUUGGAUUGACAAACAUAAUCGUUGGCCCAUGGCCCAGACACUGGCAGGGACAGCUUUGAUAGCAUAUAGUGUACUAAAUAACAUAGUGUUCAUUGCACAAAACCAACAGAUUCGACUUGCGUGCUUCAAAUUGCUGCAUAUAAAAAUAAACCAAGUCACAAUGGAGCAAAGUUCUGCGAGUGGCGGAGUAAGUCAGACUAAAACUAUGACAGUAGUGGGACAUAUGUAAAAAAUAUUGUUCAUGUGUUUGGCUAAUAUUGCUAAGUCUUACAUAUAUGGAGAAAUAAAUACAAUAUGCAUUAA